AGGGCGGAGGGUAGCGGGAUGGGGGUCCCGCGGCAGCGCUGAAACUCCGGGUGGGCGUCCAUGGCGCUGCUGCGCUGACAGGGCUGUGAACAGCCUGUCUUCCGCUCUCAGCAGCUCUGCGUCGGAGUAGCCGGUCCGUCCCCGGGGAGCCAGUUCCUCCCCGGGCCCCUGAGCCAUGCCCAUCGCGGCCGCCCCAGACGAGCCAGUUGGACAGUGCUGCUGUAGAACAUGACCUGGAGUUCGUUCUAUCUGUGGGGAAGAAAUAUAAGAUUAAAUUCACUGUUCUAGAAAGUAGUCAAUAUAAAUUAAUUAUUUGAAAACAACUCAGCAAUGGAGCCAGACAUCAUUCGAAUGUAUUCUUCAUCCCCACCACCACUAGACAAUGGAGCAGAGGAGGAAGAGGAGGAUGAAUUUGGGGAAUUUGGUGGGUUUUCAGAAGUCAGCCCUUCUGGUGUAGGGUUUGUUGAUUUUGAUACACCGGAUUAUACUCGUCCUAAGGAAGAGUUUGUACCUUCAAACCAUUUUAUGCCAAUUCAUGAUUUCUCAGAAAAUGUAGAUAGCCUUACAAGCUUUAAGUCCAUUAAAAAUGGUAAUGAUAAGGACAUCACUGCUGAACCUUCUCCUCCUGUGAAAGGACAGUCUGAUGUCUUGCUUUCUACCACCAGCAAAGAAGUAAUUUCAUCUAAAACUCUAGAUUCUCCCAGAAAUCCAGGAGUUUUAAAUAAAGUAAUGGAGCAGAGACAGAAUGUUGGAACACCAGAAAGUUUCUCUCCAGAUUUUAGAACUGACAUGAAUGUUCAUGAAAACAAGUGGUUAGAGAGCUGCAAUGGUGAGAAGCCGCCUUGUCUGGAGAUUCUAACAAAUGGGUUUGCAGGGUUGGAAACUGUAAAUCCUCAGGGAACAGAUGAUCUGGACAAUGUAGCUGAUUCAAAGGGACAGAAGCCUCUUAGCACUCACAGCACUGAGUACAAUUUUGACUCUGCACCUAGUCCUGCUGAGGAAUUUGCAGAUUUUGCCACAUUUUCCAAUCAGGAAAGGAUACAACUGGAAGAAAUAGGAUACGCAGUCUUAAGUGAUAGAGAAGCACUUACCAUUCAGGAAAACAAUAAAAUUAACAGAGUCAGUGAACUGAAUUCCGUGAAAGAAGUAUCUUUGAGUAGAAGCUGUGACAAUAAAGGAGACACUGAUGGUGACGAUCAGCUUUGUGUUUCAGAAACAAGUGUAAUGACCAGCAGAGGUUUCAGUGUUGAGCAACAAGGACUUCCAACACUGCAACAGGAUGAAUUUUUAAAUUCAAGUACUCAGUCCAAGACUUGGAGUUUGGUAGACUCAGCGGAUAACUCAGAAGCUAUCCGGAGAGAACAAUGUAAAGCUGAAGAAAGACAUGAUUCACCCAGUUCUAAAUGUGAUGACCUAUGCAUGGAUUCUGUUAACACUUCUGAUGCUGGUGAUGCAGUUGGUUUUUCCAAAGAAGAAAGUAGGAAAUUUACUAAUUCUGAAAAUCCAAACAUUGAUCCCACAGAAGAAAAUGUUUUGGAUGAUUGUGUAAGUGUGAAAAAUGGUGAUAGUAGUAAUGACUUUGUGACUUGCAACACCAAUGAGGAUGAUUUUGGUGACUUUGGCACAGCCAGUGGCACAACUCCGCCUUAUGUUACUGGUACACAAGAUUCAAUGAGCGAUGUCACUUUUGAAGAGUCCUCAGAGCACUUUCCACAUUUUAGUGAACCAGGUGAUGACUUUGGAGAAUUUGGGGAUACGAACACUGUUUCUUGCCAAGAGGAAAUGAUAUUUACUGAGUCAGACCUAAGACAGACUUCUGACAGUUUAUCAGAGGAAUGUCAGUUGGCAAGAAAGUCAAGUGUAACAGGCACUGAACCGGUUUUCAAACUGAAAAAUGGGCAAGAAGGUGAGUUUGGAGAUUUUGACUCCGUGCCAGAUACUCAAGAGGCCUGCAGUGCUUUUCAAGACUCUGAUGACUUUGCGGACUUCAGUUCAGCGGGUCCUGGCCAGGCUGUGGACUGGAAUGCUUUUGAGAAUGAAGAAAAAGACGGUUGCUCUUGGGCUGCUUUUGGAGACCAACAGACUACUGAAUCUCAUCAUCGAAAGGAAGCCUGGCAGUCACAUAGGACAGAUGAAAGCAUUGAUACUCCAAGAACCCCUAAAACGCACAGUGCCCCUUUAGCAGCUUCCAAAGGAACAGUUGCUAGGGGCCAUUUACAGGAAUCAGCCACUUCAGUUCAGACAGCUUUACUAAACCGCCUGGAGCGAAUUUUCGAAGCCUGUUUUCCCUCCAUAUUUGUCCCUGAUGCUGAGGAGGAAGUUAUUUCCCUGAAGCACUUGCUGGAAACAAGCACCCUGCUAGGAAAAACGAGAGAGGCCUUAGCUGAAAGUGGAGAACUGCUGGAUGUAUGGACUGAGCUACAGGACAUCCAUGAUGCGCAUGGCUUGAGAUAUCAGUGGGGUGGCUCCCACAGCAACAAGAAGCUUUUGUGCUCCUUGGGAAUAGAUACCCGAAACAUUCUCUUCACAGGCAAUAAGAAGCAGCCUGUUAUAGUGCCCAUGUAUGCAGCAGGACUGGGUAUGUUAGAGCCCACCAAGGAACCAUUGAAACCACUGUCUGCUGCAGAAAAAAUCGCUUCCAUUGGCCAGACAACCACCAUGUCACCGGAGAUGAACACAUGUACAUCUGAUCAGUUCCAGGAGUCUCUACCACCCGUCCAGUUUGACUGGAGUAGCAGUGGCCUUACUAACCCUUUAGAUGGUGUGGAUCCAGAGUUGUUUGAGUUAACAACUUCUAAGCUGGAAAUUGCCACCUCAAGCCUCAAAGUGACUGAUGCAUUUGCAAGACUCAUGUCUACAGUAGAGAAGACAAGCACAUCUACCAGGAAACCGAAAAGAGAAGAGCACUUGAGUGAAGAAGCCAUCCAGGUGAUCGCCAGCCUUCCCGACUUAACGUUCAUGCAUGCCAAGGUGUUGAUGUUCCCAGCCACACUGACGCCUUCCACGAGCUCCCAGGACAAGGCAGACUGAGAGCUGAUGGGAACUGCAGAGUUGCAGUUGCUUUUCCUUUCCUCCAGCCCCUCCCUACCUUAAAGCAUCCUUGCUCUAAUUAAAGACAUUCAAGUUCAGCCGAUUUGGUGGUAAGCCGCACUAGAAAGGUAUACAUAGUAAUGUAUAUUUAUUUACAUACUGAAGUCCUAAAUUUAUAUUAGAAAAAAUGUAAAUAAUUGGGGUGAACAUUUUUGAAGAUUUAUUCUUUUUGUGUUGCUGGGGUGUACACAUUUAUGUCUUUGUGAAAUACACUGGUGGUGUCCUUCUUAAAAAACUUUUGAAAUAAAAAAAAAUUAAAAACUCCCAUCUCCAUUGUUUGUGAAAUCCCCUUCGGUCUUCUCAGAUUGCAUUGAAUGUCCUCUUAAGUUUUCCUGUCUCAUGUUUGAAUUUUGCUAUCAGUGUGCUCCAAAGUCUGUUUAAAUUUUUUCUCCUUUUAAUUUUGCGUGUGAUGGGUUUCUUUGCGAUUGGGCUCUUUUCUACCCUUGUCAGUCUGCCUUAUUGUUUGACCUUUUGCAAGGUCCUUCAUCAACUGCUGUUAAGGGUGUGGCAUCGGCAGAAGCUGACCGGAGGGGUUUAACAGGAUUGUCUUUCCAAUCAGCUUGAUCUGGAGAAGGACCAAAUUAUAUGAAUGUCUUACAAUGAAACUUACUUGUUGCUGAUUUUUUUGUUCUAUUGUACCACUAUUUUUUGAGGAUUUUGCACAGUGUAAAAUGACAUAAUCAUAGAUUGCUAUGGUUUAGGCUGUAAAUACAGUAAAAACUAUGGGUUUUAAAUGUUUGGGGAAAUUCCUAUGGAAAAAAAGAGAGACAUGUAGAAGAACCUCUACCAAGGUUAAUGUGCAUGCCCAAGGUCUUUUGAGAUUUCAGUGUGUAAAUUUCCUUUUAGCUUACACAAAAAUAAAAUUUAAA